AAAUGGUGGCAUAUUUUUAGUAAUGGUAGAAAGCGUCAUUAUUGUGAUACUAUCACAAUAAUUUUCCCUGUAAAAUUAUCAAAAAAAGUGAAAAGAUUAUUUUAAAUAUACAAAUUACGGUAUGUGCAAGUAUAAAACUUUUCCAUGGCGAAUUUAUUCAAACCGAAUCCAAUUUCUUAACAUCAAAAGCUCAUUAAUCAACAAGUGCUGUUCUUGAGAAACCUUGUAUUAAGCAACGAACUAUGGCAGAAGGUCAGGUCUCCGUCAAUGACGCCUCCUUUAUCGAGCUUGCUGACAUAGAAAGCGAAAAUAAAAGUGUAGACGACAUGAACACCCAUAAUUUAGGAGACAUUAUCAUGUCUGAACUUAUACAGGAACAUGAGGGUAGUGAAAGUAUUAAAAAUGGGGACACUUGCGAAAAAUCUACUUUGAACUCUAACCAGGAAAGGACCGUCGAAAGUCCUUCUACUGGCGAUAAUUUUUUACAUAAAUGUGUUUUUUGUGAACGUGUUUUAAGUGCUAAUGAUGAUCCUAAAUUAUUAGAGUGUUUGCAUGAUUCUUGUGGAAGUUGUGUUCAUGGAAAACUGGAAGAUCUAAAUGAAGGACAAAGAAAAGUGAUUCAAUGUUCAACGUGUGAGUAUAAUUGCGAACCAGAUAAGAUAAUAGAUAACCAAUUUUUAUUGGAAACAUCAAACACUGAAGAACCUCCAAAGACAAUCGAAUUGAAAUGUAGUAGUUGCGGUGACGAUAACAUCGCGACUAGUUGGUGUGUGGAUUGCGCUGAGUUUAUUUGUGAUAUUUGCGUCCAAGCACAUCAAAGGUUAAAAGUGACAAAAGAUCACGUUAUUAAACCAAAAGAGGAUGGUCUACAGGAGAAUCAAACGUCUUCAAGUUCAGGGAGUGUGCCCACUUUGUAUUGUUCGAUACAUCCCCAAGAAAAACUAUCGUUAUUUUGCGAAAAUUGUGAUCAAUUAACUUGUAGGGAUUGUCAAUUAACGCAACAUCGAGAGCAUAAAUAUAAGUUUACACACGAAAUUGCACAGGACGCGAGAAAAUUUAUUUCCGGAAUGUUAAGUGAUAUUAGCUACAAACGUGUGCUGUUAAACAGUGCUAUGAAAGUAAUUGAUGAUAGACAAAUGUUAAUAAUGGAUAAGAAGAAAGCGUUGGUUAAUGAAAUAACGCAAUUGGUUGUUAAAUUGACAAAUACAAUAAAUGUAAGAGGAAAAGAAUUGGUUUCAAAAUUAACGGAAGUAUGUGAAAGUAAACAAAAAACUUUACAAGAAAAAAAAACGGCUUUGGAUCAAUUAUCAAAGAUGACGGAUCAUUGUAUAGAUUUUACAAAACAUGCUUUGGAUAAUGGAAGUGAUAUGGCUUUGUUGUAUAGCAAAAAGCAAGUUACAAAUCAUUUGCAAAGGAUUAAAUCAAAACGAGCAGAUAUUCCAAACCCCGAAGUGCCUGUUCGAAUUCAUUUGGCGCUAGAUAAAGUUCCAGAUUUAAUAAAAGGAUUAUCUUCAGUCAUAUCAACAAUUGGUCAAAUUGUUGUGGACGGCCGAGUUUAUCCAGCUCAAUCCAAUUCACCAUGCGGAUCCUUACCACCACAAAAUUCUCCAAGUCCAAGUCAUCAAACACCAGUUCUUCAUCAACAACUAAAUUUAUUACCCCAACAACAACAACACGGAGUUUCUCAACAAGGAAUGCAUCAAAUGCAACAACAACAAACAAGUCAACAAAACCAAAUGCCUCCAAAUAUGCAUCUUCAAUAUCCGCAACAACCCAGAAUGUUACCGCCUUAUGGACAACAAUAUAAUCAAAAUAUGCAACAAAAUCAUCAAGGUAUGCAACAAAAUCACCAAAAUAUGCAACAAAAUCAUCAGUUGGGUCAAAAAAUAUCACCACAAGGACAAAUGAUGCAAAACAAUAUUUUAGCACAACAUCUUCACCAACAACCUAAUCAUAUGCAGCAAAGAAUGGCUAUGCAAAGACAAGUUAGACCUAUUUUACCUGCUCGACCUGGAUUAAAUAAUCAACAGCAGCAGGUUACCUCAUCAACUCAUCCUCAAGCAUUAAUGCAAGAUAGAAGUAAUCUUCGUGGUUUACUUCAACCAAAUGGAAAUGCAGUUUAUGUGCGAACCGGACCAACCCAAUAUCAAGCAGUCCAACCGCAAUACGCGCAACAAUUUCAAAAUCGUUUUCAAAGUCCGCCCCCCCAAUAUCAACAAAACGUUAGGAUGCUGCAACAGCAUGGUAAUCAAGGUGGUGUGCGUAUGACACCACGUGCGUUGCAACCAUAUGGAAUGCAACAACAGCAAACUCACCAGCAACAACAGGGACCAUUAAAAUGGCACAUUCCUCAACAAGACCCAAAUUUACUCGGAGCAAAUAGAAAUAGUAAUAAUCCUAAUCAAAAUCAGCCGUUCGUUAACGAUAAUUUUAAAAUAACUUUAAAACCGCAAAACUCUUCCGAUGGGCGAUGCCUUCAAUCCGUGUCUUCAACAAUUCCAAAGACCCCAAGUCCGAAUAAUGUCCAAGGCAAUGUCGAAAGUAGCAUGGAUAAACUUUGUGCGGAAUCCGUGAAUGACUUAAUGGCUACCAUUGCUAAAUUAGAUUCGAAUGGGGUUCAAGUUUUAGCAGAAAAUAGACCAAAAACCGGGGGAUCACCACACGUUGAUAGUUCAACAGGUGAUUUAACCGCUCCCCCAGCAGGAAAAGUUAAAAGUGAAGCAAUGGAUAUUAUUGGAAAAGAUGAUCCCAAUGAAGAUUGGUGCGCGGUUUGUAUGGAUGGUGGGGAGUUGGUUUGUUGUGAUAAAUGCCCAAAAGUGUUUCACCAAUCGUGCCAUAUACCUAAUUUGAGUAUAGAGGAAAACGAUACUUGGCAAUGUUUACUUUGUAUGAAUUUCGCAGAUAUUCCCGAAUCGGCCUUAAAUGAAAAGAAGGAAGGUCAGCUUAGUGUGAAAGAAAAGAAAAUUGCUGAAAGACUAGUUUUGGAACUCUAUUGUCAAUUUGAACCUAGUAUACCAUUUAGGGAAUUACCACCAAGCGAAAACACUGAAUAUUAUUCAAUAAUAAAAAGACCAAUCGCUUUGGAUACAAUAAGACAAAAAUUGGAUUGGAAUAAUUUAAAUGGUUGUUACAGUCAUUUAGAACAAUUAGUGAGAGAUGCAAGGCUGAUGUUUCAAAAUGCCUACAAGUACAAUGCGGUCGACAGUGAUAUUUAUAAUGAUGCAAAGACAUUAGAAAAGUUUUUUGAUGAGCAAUUGGAGAAAUGGCUUCCAGAAUAUGCGUACGAAACGUUUGAAGAUGAAGAUUUACACAGGCCGAACAAAAAGUUUAAACGAAUCAUAACAGAUUAAUUUGUUUAUACCAUUUUUUUUAAUAAUAUGAAAGUAUGGGAAUUAAUUUUGUGUCUCAAUAUUUGGGAUGUCUCGACUUAUUAUAGUAGAUGUUAAUUUUAUAAUGUUUGCUAUUAGUUUUGUUUUUAUAUUGAUUAUUAUACAUUAAAAAAAAAAAAUAGAAAAUGUUUGAUUACAAAUUAUGAAAGACAAAAUAUAAUAUAUUUUAGUCCUAUUGUUCAAGUUAUAAGCGGGAAGAGUAUAAGAUAAAGGAAAUGAAUAUUAUUGUCAGUUAAUUUAUAUUGAAAAAUGUUCACUUAUUUUAUAUUUUAUGGAAUAAAAAUUUAUGUGAUAGUUAAACCUAUUAUUUUUUAAAGGAAAAUGUACAAGAAAAACGUACAUGUCGUUUUACAAGCUUGUUAUAAAAAAAUACGAAAAAUUAUUAAUUUUUAAAUAUUUUAUUUCAAGUUUGGGUUUGAGAUUAAACACUUUGUUAAUUUUUUUUCAUGUACAAACCACUGUAGUGCGGAGUAAAUUUAUAAAAUUAUUUUUAAUUGCAAUUUUUAUUACUAUAAAAAACGUGUAUACGUUUUCUUUUGUCAUUCAUCUUGUAGAAGUUAAGAUGUAUAUCAAAUAUGUAUCAAAAAGAUAAAAAAAUAAAAAGAUAUCCAUUAAAAAAUAUUUAGAUACAAAGAAA